AACGCCAGAAUGGAGAGAAGGAGAGAGAGCGAGAGAGGGGGGGGAGAGGGGAGAGGGUCGGAGAUCUGUUGGAACAAAACCUCACCAGCUCCCCUUUCACUCCGAUUAGAUCGGGCGCUCUUGUCUCCAAAUUAGGGUUUCUCCGUUGCGUUCACGCCUUUUCAAAAUUUUGAAGGUUCUAGCCGUUACGCACGACUGCUGAUCAUUCUCCGCCCAGAAAUUCAUAUUUCAAAUUCCUACUCUUUAAAUUUAUUGAUCCAAUAAGUUUUUACUUUUUUAUUUUCAUUUUAUGGCUUUUGUGAUUAUUUGAUAGGAUUGUGGGGGUGUUGCUGGUUUAUUCGCGCUUAUUUGGUACAUUUUUUGGGGGGAAUUUAUUACGAGGAGGAGAAUUGUGCUUGAAUUUGAGGAAGUUUGAGACUUCCAUUGUGAAUUUUUAUGGCGUCGGCUCAGGUGUUGCCAAACUCAUCGCGGAAACAGGAACAUCUGGAAGCUGGGAAGCGCCGGCUGGAGGAGUUCCGCAAGAAAAAAGCAGCAGACCGAGCCAAAAAGACCUCAUCCACCAGUCAGCUUCAUGCUGUUGACAUUAGCCUAAAUGAAAAGCGGCCAUUAGAUAUUGAUCGUGUACGGAUUACAGAUUCAGAUGGAGUUGGUACAUCUGAUGGAAUUGGCGGAGCUGUAAUUGAACCAUCUAGUGUAGUUAUUAAUGAUGACAAGAUGGCAACUGAGUUUGCCCAGAUCAGUGAUGCAGGUUUUUUAAAGAAUGCUCAUGCCAAACCUAUUUUUUCAGCAAGUGAUUAUAAUGGAUCAUCUCCAGAUGCACUGCAGACACAUGCAAGGGAACAAGAAUUUACGCAGUUUGAUACUUCUGGUUCUGGGUUUCCUGGACCUGUAAAUCUUAAUUAUGGUGAACACAGAAAAGAGAAAAAUGAUGAUUUUGGCAUUUAUACUGGAUCCCAAGGACCAGCUCAUGGGAUUACAGCUGACUUGUCUAUUGCUCUUCGCCCACGAACAAUUCAAGAUAUUGAUAGCAAUUCUAGUCAAUCUAGUUAUUAUGGGGCAGAGGAAUUCCAGCCAAAGGAAAAUUAUGGUUCUUUAGAAGAUUUUUCUGUUCCAUAUUCCAACACAUCUAAGGUUCCUCUUGCAAAUGUGUCUUCUGAGAAAUAUGGCAGUAUCUUACCUCAAAAUAAGUUGACAGAUUCUGCACGUGAAGUUGGGCAACACAUGCAUGGUAAUGUGGAGUCUAAUGGUCCUAUGAUUUCUGAUACAUGGGAAAGAAACCCAAAUAGCUAUGUUGGUAAUUUUUCUACUGUGCACAAUGUCAAUUCAGAUUUUAGGAUUUCAUCUAAUUAUGUACCCUUAUACUCAACCCCAGCUGAAAGUAAUAUUAGGAGAUCGCGUCCUUCUUUUCUUGAUUCUCUUAACAUGUCCAGACCUUCUUCAGCUUCUCCAUUUUCAGUUACUGAGUCAGAAAAGCCUGUGUCAUUUUUGUCCAAUAAUUCCAAAAUCCACAGCAUGGAUGUUCUAUCUUCAUCUGCUUCUCAGAAGCCAUUUCCAGAGACUCUGGAACCUUUCUCAGCUCUGAGAACUCCAAAUCUGCCUAGUGCACUUGAGAAUUCCAUAAAUUCAUCAGUUUCUUCUCAUAACGGAAUUGACCAACCGGGGCAGCGUCUUAAUGAAUAUGGCAUGGAGAGGAAGAACGAGUUUCAUUCAUCAAAAAAACAGGACGAAGAUUUUGCUGCUCUGGAACAGCACAUUGAAGAUUUGACGCAAGAAAAAUUCUCAUUGCAACGAGCCCUUGAGGCUUCACGAGCUUUAGCAGAGUCAUUAGCUGCUGAGAAUUCAACUUUAACAGAUAGUUUUAACCAACAGGGAAGCUUUGUCAACCAAUUAAGAUCUGACAUGGAAAAGUUACAGGAGGAAAUCAAGGCCCAACUGGUGGAACUUGAGACUAUCAAAAUUGAAUAUGCAAAUGCACAACUAGAAUGUAAUGCAGCUGAUGAGCGUGGCAAGCUAUUGGCUUCUGAAGUUAUUGGGUUAGAAGAGAAGGCACUCAAACUGCGUUCCAGUGAGCUAAAGUUGGAGAAGCAAUUGGAGAACUCACAUGCUGAAAUUACAUCGUACAAAAAGAAAACAUCAAGCCUUGAGAGAGAGCGUCAGGAUUUGCAGUUAACUAUUGAUGCACUUCAGGAAGAGAAAAAAUUGUUGCAGUCUAAGCUAAGGAAAUCUAGUGGGAGUGGAAAGUCUGUUGAUAUUAGCAGGAUUCCUAGUAAUAAGAAAGAUAUGUCAACUUCUACAGAGGAUCUAGAUUGUACGGUGGAGAACUCCAACUUGGAACUGCAUAAUUCUGAGUCAUUUAGCACGAGCAAUUUCUGCAAUUUGCUGCCUGAAAAUGAGUUUUUAAAUUUUGACACUUCAUCUGUGAAUAUACCUUCUGAUCAGAUGAAAGUGAUUCAAAACAUUAAUGCAUUAAUUUCUGAGUUGGCAUUAGAGAAAGAAGAGAUAAUGCAAGCUUUGGCCGCAAAAUCUUCUCAUAAUUCCAAACUCAAGGAAUUGAACAAGGAGUUGUCUAGAAAGCUUGAAGCUCAAACUCAAAGGCUAGAGCUUUUGACUUCUCGAAGUAUGGCCAAUGAGAAUAUCCCAGUAAGACAACCAGAUUCUCGCACAAUGUAUGAGAAUGCUGCAUAUGUAGAUGAAGGUGAUGAGGUGGUAGAAAGGGUCUUGGGCUGGAUAAUGAAGCUUUUUCCAGGAGGGCCAUCAAAGCGGCGAACUAGCAAGCUUAUCUAAUGUCUGUGUCAAGCCAUCUGAUGAAUGAGGAGCUCCCCCACCCAAGCAAAGAGGAAGGGGAAGCAAAGGAAGGGAAAUCUCUUAUUUGUGGCACAAUUCAGGUUGCAGUUUGUACAUUGCAUGUCAAUUAUACCAGUCAAUUCUUUUUUCUGAAUACAAAGAAAAAUGAGCUUGUUUUAGGAGGCCUUCACAUAGAUUGGAAUAUGCAAUUUCAUUUCUUUGAGAUGUUGCAAUAAAAAAGGGCAUAUCACCGUAAUAGGGGCACGUGGGUCCAUCUCAAAUUUUAAGACAUGUAUUGGUUGAGUGAGAGAAGCAUUGUUGUGAACAAUCCAGACACUGGUGUGUUAGCAUGUUCUGUUGCCCUCUUUCCGGCUUGUAAUGUAUUUGUAACGAAAACUUCAAGGCUUUAGCCUGAGAUGAGAGAAAAUGAUUUUGGCA